AUGGGCAAGGUCUUUGAGAUUGUUUCUCACGCCCUUCACAAACGUUUGGACUUAGAAAAACUAAAAUGGUGUGGUGAUAAUAUUCCACAAAGUGAAAAAGUAGGAGAAGUGUACCUAAGAAGUUGGUGGGGUUUGGUGGCCGGGACUGAGGGCCACUUCUUCUCAAUAUGGUUGGAGAUUGGAGAUUUUACAGUGACAGCAGCUCAAUCUCUGAUCGCUGCAUUCUUAUUGGACUGCUCGUCUGUUCGUCUCAACGCCGUUCCUCCCUCCAUCGUCUCAACGCCGACUGCCGAACGUCUGCCGUCUCAACGCCAUUCCUCCCUCCACACUCAGCAGUUCCUCCCUCCAUCGUCUCAACGCCGACUGCUCGUCUAUUCUUCCCUCUUCUCUCAACAUCGACACUUGUUCACGGUUCGCUACACUCAGUAG